AUGGCCAGUGAGGUGAAAAAUGGAGAUGAAGAGAAGCAGUUGAAAGACACUUCAUUUGAUGUCAAUGAUUACAGCUUCAUCAAAGAAGGAGAAGCCCAGAUUCUCAUGCAUCCUACAAAUAAUGUCUUUUACAACAAAACCCAGGUGAACAACAGAGAUAUGUCUAUUGCUGUUUUGAGGACUUUUAUAUCACAACGCAAGCUGGAGCACGAAGCAAUGUUGGCCAGACAAGCUAAGACUGACCCUAAGGUACCAGAUGAAUCAAUUCCUGUGGAACCUCCAGCUGAUUCUGUCCAGCAUAAUGGAAUAUCCAAUGAUGGAUGUGAACUCUUGGAAGAUAUGUCCCGAGAUGAACCAUCUAGUAUUUCAGAUGUGCAAACCAGAAACCUAAGGCGAAAAGACCUAGAACUAAAGCCAGCACGAGUUCUUGAGGCUCUUUCAGCUUCUGGAUUGAGGGCUUUAAGAUAUGCACGUGAAGUAGAAGGAAUUGGUCAAGUCGUGGCCCUUGACAAUGAUAAAGUCUCUGUUGAAGCUUGCAGGAGAAACAUAAGAUUCAACGAUUCUGUUGCAUGCUCAAAGCUGGAAUCCCACCUUGUUGAUGCUCGAGUUUAUAUGCUUACCCACCCCAAAGAAUUUGAUGUGGUUGAUCUUGAUCCUUAUGGAUCGCCAUCUGUGUUCUUGGAUUCUGCUGUUCAAUCAGUUGUAGAUGGGGGGAUAUUAAUGUGUACUGCUACUGAUUUGGCGGUGUUAUGUGGGGGAAAUGGAGAAGUAUGCUAUUCCAAAUAUGGCUCGUAUCCAUUGAGAGGGAAAUAUUGCCAUGAAAUGGCUUUGCGGAUCCUUCUUGCCUGCAUUGAGAGUCAUGCAAAUCGGUACAAACGGUAUAUUGUUCCAGUAUUAUCUGUUCAUGUGGACUUCUAUGUCCGCGUUUUUGUUCGUAUAUAUAGUUCAGCAAGUGCUAUGAAGAAUACUCCUCUGAAGCUCUCGUAUGUAUAUCAGUGUACCGGUUGCGAUUCUUUCCAUCUUCAGCCAGUCGGGAGGACUAUCUCAAAGAAUAACAGCCUCAGAUAUCACCCUGCAUUUGGCCCUGCUGUUCCUCAAGAUUGCAGUGAUUGUGGUAAAAAAUUCAAUAUGGGUGGACCCAUAUGGUCUGCGCCCAUCCAUGAUCAAGAAUGGGUAGCUGCCAUACUUGCUGAUGUGAAAUCUAUGAAGGAGCAGUAUCCAGCUUAUGAUCGAAUCUGUGCUGUGUUGACUUCAAUUUCAGAGGAAUUACCUGAUGCUCCUCUAUUUCUGAGUUUGCACAAUAUAUCUGCAACACUGAAAUGCACUUCUCCCUCAGCAGUUAUGUUUCGCUCUGCUGUAACCAAUGCAGGAUAUCGUACAUCAGGGACUCAUGUGAAUCCUUUGGGAUUGAAAACAGAUGCGCCUAUGCAUACCAUUUGGGAUAUCAUGCGUUGCUGGGUCAAAAAUCAUCCCGUGAAAGCUCAAGCAUCUAACCAUCCUGGAAGUGUGAUUCUUGCCAAGGAACCUAUUCUGCAGGCUAAUUUUGCUCAGACUGCUGCAUCCCUUAGCAAGGCAAAGGUCAAGAAGGUUGCUCGUUUCCUUCCUAAUCCCGAAAAGCAUUGGGGCCCAAAACUCAGGGCAAGUCCACAGAUUACCGAGAGGAUUCUGAAAAUGCUUGUAGGAAUCAGGAGGUAGAUAUUUCGUUUGUGUCCCUUUUUUGAAUCUUAAAGGAGCAUGGUGUUGUAUUCUCAAAAGGUGCACUACUUUUGAAGGAUCGGGCAUGCACCCGGUGACAUUUUUUAAGAGUCCGAGCAACAUAGCUAAUUUCUUUGUAAAAUUAUUCUUCCUUUCCAUUCGUUUUCUCAAGAAAAAGGAGUACUACCAUGUAAAAUAGCUAACCCUAUUGUCAUACUGGCAAUAGUUGUUAUGACUUGAUCCAUGUUGUUUCAGCUGCUAAGCUGCACUAACUGUUGUUUCCAACAAAUGAGAGAAAAGAAGAUUUCAAACCUUGA